CAGCACACGCCGCACACUAAACCCACGCUACUUAAUAACUGCUGUUAGAUUACCACAUAUUAUAGACCAUUAAAAGUCAUUUCUACUUCCACGUGAUGACUCUCGUGCACUGCAUGUGUGGUAUGUAAGGGGGAUUUUACACGCUCGUUUCUUGAAUUAGGCUGCAAAACCGAAAGUAAAUGUUGCAGUACAAGACAAGAAGGCUGAAAGAUUUUAAUACUUUUUAACUUUAAAAAUGCUGAAAUUAGGCCAUGUACUACACAGAUCUUAGAAGGUUGACCUUCUAACUUGAUUGGCAUCUUCAGAGGACUUAUACUGAACUUGGCCAGCAAGUCCACCAAAAUAUUGUGGCAUAUGGGGCUGAACUCCAAUGGUUAACAAGGCAAAGUAAUGAGUGGAAAAAUCUGGACAUUAAUGAAUUUGUUAACCGCAGUUUCAUUCAUAACACAUGUACAUAAUGGCCAAUGUGGCUGCAUGCCUCAAGAUAUCGAAAUACACUUGUAUGAGGAGUUGAUGGAAGACCAUUUGUUUGAAUUUAAAGUGUUCUCACCAUCUGAAACAAAUCUUACAGAGGAACAGCUUAUACUUCUUUCAGUGUUUAAUACACUAUGUUCGUCUUGGAAUAAAAAUAAGGAUAAUGGGGACAAAUUCAAAGCAGUACAAACUUUUCGAAUGAUGCUACAUCAUAUAAUUGCAGAAAGUUACAAUAUUGAAUGUAAUUCCAGUGAAUGUAUUGGAGAGGUUUGUGCUAAUCACAACUGUACAGGUGGUUACAAAAUAAAUUAUGUGAACAAAACCACCUUUGGGGAAAAGUUCAAUAAAACAUGCAAUGAAUCAUUACUAGAUCUAAAAUGUCCAACAAAAGAGAGCACAACACCUCUAACAUCAGAUGCCCCCCCAAACUCUACUGCUUCUGAAUGGACAACAAGUUCAACACCAAGAAUCAACCAAACCAUCACUGUAAAUGAAUAUUUGUCAACCACUCUCACAGAAACAACCACUCAUCAAACCACCAAUCCCAAAAUAGAGCAAAGCAAGCAGAUGCAGAAAAUGUUGAUUAAUACUUUCAGUUGGGUCCUUGCUGUCUCUCUACUACUGAAUAUCCUUCUACUCUUUUGUGUGUGGUACCUGUACAAGAAGAAAAAACAACUGGAAAAUGUUUCACAGCAAUAUCAAUUGACAGAGGGGAGCCUCUUAGAGAGGUAGACAUCUGAUUUAGGUGAAUCAGGGUUGUUCACCACCUUGUUGUUCCAGUUUAUCACAGUCACUCUCUGCCCCUGUGCAUGGAAUAUGAGGUCCGGUGAAGUGUGAAGAUUCUACAUUCUGCAUGCUACAACAUAAGAUCUGUGCAUGACAUAGCGUUACCUUUGAAUCCGUGAUUGACAAUAUCAUCCACACCAAUGCAGCUUCUUAACAAGCACACACAAAUUCACAAAAUUGGUGUAAUUUUCCAUUUUGAAACUAUGGUUGUCCUGAAUGUGCCCGCAUAGCUGUGUUGUGUCAUGAAUUCGCCUUGUGUAUGAAUAAAACACUUGUCUUAUGCUUCA